AUGCGAGGCCCCAGUGUGGGCUGCGUGGGACCCAGUGCUACAGGCAGAUGCCGGGACCCGGUGCUCCAAGCGGACCCUGGGAUCCAGUGCUACAGGCAGACCCUGGGACCCAGAGCUACAGGCAGAUCCCGGGACCCGGUGCUCCAAGAAGACCCCGGGAUCCAGAGCUACAGGCAGACCCUGGGACCCAGUGCUACAGGCAGAUGCCGGGACCCGGUGCUCCAAGCAGACCCUGGGAUCCAGAGCUACAGGCAGACCCUGGGACCCAGAGCUACAGGCAGAUCCCGGGACCCAGUGCUCCAAGCAGACCCCGGGAUCCAGAGCUACAGGCAGACCCUGGGACCCAGUGCUACAGGCAGAUCCCAGGACCCGGUGCUCCAAGCAGACCCUGGGAUCCAGAGCUACAGGCAGACCCUGGGACCUGGUGCUCCAAGCAGACCCCGGGAUCCAGAGCUACAGGCAGACCCUGGGACCCAGUGCUACAGGCAGAUGCCGGGACCCGGUGCUCCAAGCAGACCCUGGGAUCCAGAGCUACAGGCAGACCCUGGGACCCAGAGCUACAGGCAGAUCCCGGGACCCGGUGCUCCAAGCAGACCCCGGGAUCCAGAGCUACAGGCAGACCCUGGGACCCAGUGCUACAGGCAGAUGCCGGGACCCGGUGCUCCAAGCAGACCCUGGGAUCCAGAGCUACAGGCAGACCCUGGGACCUGGUGCUCCAAGCAGACCCCGGGAUCCAGAGCUACAGGCAGACCCUGGGACCCAGUGCUACAGGCAGAUGACGGGACCCGGUGCUCCAAGCAGACCCUGGGAUCCAGAGCUACAGGCAGACCCUGGGACCCAGAGCUACAGGCAGAUCCCGGGACCCGGUGCUCCAAGCAGACCCCGGGAUCCAGAGCUACAGGCAGACCCUGGGACCCAGUGCUACAGGCAGAUGCCGGGACCCGGUGCUCCAAGCAGACCCUGGGAUCCAGAGCUACAGGCAGACCCUGGGACCCAGAGCUACAGGCAGAUCCCGGGACCUGGUGCUCCAAGCAGACCCCGGGAUCCAGAGCUACAGGCAGACCCCAGGCCCCUUCUAAGCAUCUUGGAGUCUCUCCGGGGCGGCACCCCCGCCUUGAACAGAGGGUGGGACAUGAGGCAGAUAUCAAGGUGAUGUUCUAA